AUGGAAACAACGUCAGCACCGCAACUAACUACUAUCAAAGGAAUCGAACUUUCGUCACUCAACCCGGCAAUCAUGCAAAACCAAGCAACAAUAAACAUCGGAAUGAUUGGUCAUGUGGCGCAUGGGAAGUCUACUAUAGUAAGGGCUAUUAGUGGGGUUAAAACAGUGCGAUUUAAGAGUGAAUUGGAGCGAAACAUAACAAUCAAGCUUGGAUAUGCCAAUGCGAAAAUUUAUCAAUGUUUAGGUGGAUUGUGUCAACGGCCGGAAUGUUAUCUAUCUACGGCUAGUAACCAAAAGCCUCCUAAGACUUGUCGGACUAAGAACUGUACGGGUACUAUUACUUUGACUCGUCAUGUCUCUUUUGUUGAUUGUCCGGGUCACGAAGUGCUUAUGGAUACUAUGCUAACUGGUGCCGCAGUUAUGGAUGCAGCUAUUCUUAUUGUGGCUGCUAAUGAACCUUGUCCGCAACCCCAAACUAUUGAGCACUUAAAUGCAAUUGAUGUAGUGGAAUUAGAGCGGGUUAUUGUUCUGCAGAACAAAGUAGACUUGUUGACUAGAGAACAAGCUUUAGAAAGUCAUGAUCAGAUUAAAGAGUUCAUUCGGGACUCUUCGGCUCGUAAUUCGCCUAUUAUCCCGACUUCGGCCCAAAUUGGCUGUAAUUUAGAUGCUAUUUUAGACUUUAUUGUCAAUUACAUUCCGGUGCCGGUGCGGGACUAUACUACGCCGCCGACUGUGCAAGUUAUUAGAUCUUUUGAUAUUAAUAAGCCGGGUUGUAAGCCGAGUAAUUAUCAAGGGGGUGUUAUUGGUGGGUGUUUGACCAAAGGGUAUAUUGCGGCUGGAGAUUUGCUGGAGAUUAGACCGGGGAUUUUAGAGAAGGUAGAUGGUCGACUUUCCUGUCGUCCGGUGACUACUAAGGUUCUUUCUUUGUUUGCUGAGAGUACGCGGUUGGAAGUGGCUGUGCCUGGGGGUUUAGUUGGGAUUGGUACGGAAUUAGAUCCUUUCUUUUGUCGGGGUGAUAAGUUGGUUGGCCAGGUUUUAGGUCGGCCGGGCACUCUUCCGGAGGUUUAUAAGGAAAUGACUAUUACUUAUCGGUUUUUUGAUAAACUAACGGCCGAAUCACCUUUAUUGGCUAAGCCCUUGGCCGUUAAAGAGCAAAUCUUGGUUAAUGUAGGUAGUUGCUCUAGUCGGGCCCAAGUGACUAUAGCUAAAGAGAAGGGAGCUAUUUCCUUUAUUCUGGCCAACCCUAUUUGUGCUGAGGUAGGUGCUAGUGUUAGUAUCUCUCGCAAACUGCGCGGUCAUUGGCGGCUUAUUGGUGCGGGCAACAUCCGCCAAGGCCGAGCCAUUCCCGUCCUAGACUCAAAAUAA